CACCGCGCAUUUCUUCCGCGGGUCUGUGCGAGAAGUUGUCGAAGUGUCAGAACUGUCAAGUCGGUCGUGCUUAUUCCAGAGAACCGAAUCUGUGGAAGAUUUUAUUGUUUUUGGAGGAGUGUACAACAUCCAAGCAUGGCUUCAACAUCCAAGGGUACUAAACCUAAGGACAAGAGGAGUGUACAACAUCCAAGUGGAGGCAUGGCUUCAACAUCCAAGGGUACUAAACCUAAGGACAAGAGAGGUGUACCACAUCAAGGCAAAGACAUGGCUUCAACAUCCAAGGGUACUCAACCUAAGGACAAAACCAAUACAUCGAUCGGCAUGCGAGCGAAAUAUCAAGGAUGCAUGGUCGGCGCUUUAAUUGGCGACUGUCUUGGAUCUCCGUUUGAACGUCUGCCACGUCGACAUGUCCUUCCGACGUCCUAUCUUCCAUAUUUUCUUCGGCGAGUUUUGAAUGAGUCUGUGGAACAAGAUGAAUAUGCAGGGCGCAGAUUCACUGAAAUCCCAGGACAUCCCUUUGGUGGACAUUACAUGUACACUGACGACACUGCAAUGACACAUGCCCUUGCUGAGUCAUUGAUAAAAAACAAUGGUUUUAAUCCACGUCAUGUUGCCGAAAGUUUCACAGAAGAGUUCUUUGGAAACGAGGACUGUCGAGGAGAGUAUGGUCCAAAAGUCAGAGUUGUGUUCUCGCAGCUCAGGAAAACUCGCUUCAGAGAUGUGUGGGAACCAGCAAAGUCUCAGUUUGAUGGAACCGGGUCAUAUGGCAACGGGGCUGCCAUGCGCGUGGCACCUGUGGCCCUCUUCUAUCGGUUGGAUGAACCAAAAGCAAUCAAGGUGGCACAAGACCAGGCGAAACUGACUCACGCCCACAGGUGGGGCUACAAUGGUGCAGUGCUGAUUUGCCUCGCAAUUCAGCUGGCGCUUACCCUGGAUCCACGAGAGUCUCUCGACGUGGAGGAGUUUCUGGAGGUCUUGACAAAGAAGAUGGAAAAAGUUGAGGAGGAUCGGUUCUACUGUGACAAGUUGCAGACCAUCAAGGAGAUGCUUUUGAAUCCACAUCGUGACUUUACACCAGAAGAAGUUGCCGACAGGCUAGGGAAUGAAAUCACUGCCGAUCGUUCAGUCCCAGCUGCACUGUACUGCUUUCUGAGGGGAGGAAAGCCAUUGAAAAGUUAUCCAGUAAGUUUGACUUCCAACGGCUUCCUGCGGUCCUUGUACUUUGCUAUUUCUCUGGGUGGUGACACUGACACCAUUGGCACCAUGACUGGUAGCAUUGCUGGUGCCUAUUAUGGUAUCUUCAGAAUACCCAGGUCCAUGCAGAAGUACUGCCAAGGUGAAAGGCACGCGACACAUCUGGCAAGCAGCCUGGUUUAAUGCCCUUGCAAGUUAUCUUGCAGAAACAUUCCUGAACAAAGUGAUGUUCAUUUUUUGAGCAGUGUCUCAUGCUCGUCCAUCACGUUCACGCUGUUCUUUUCAUUUUGUAGGCGUAAUUGAAGAUCAUUUUCUCUAAGCUGCACCAAAGGUUGGCAAGUAAAACUCCAAAGCAACUUUUUAUUUUUAAUGUAUGGCUGAAGAACUAGUCUCUUCUGUGAUCUUGUAUUGUUUUAUAAUGCCCAGAUAUGUCAAUGGCAUUACACAUUCUAAAUAUUUUUUAUAUAAAUAUUUUACUAUGCUGGUAAAAUUCUUUAAUUUACAAUCUUGGUUUUAUAUUAUAAAACUUUUAUAUAGCUGUGUGUUUAAUAAAGUGAUUUUAAAUUUUG